GGCUCCCGGCGGCGCGGCGCGGCGGAGGCGGAGCGGGCGCUGCGGCAGGAGCGAAGAUGGCGGACGAGGAGAAGCUGCCUCCCGGCUGGGAGAAGCGCAUGAGCCGCAGCUCAGGCCGCGUGUACUACUUCAACCACAUCACCAAUGCCAGCCAGUGGGAGCGGCCCAGUGGGAGCAGCAGCGGUGCCAGAAAUGGCCAGGGGGAGCCAUCACGAGUGCGCUGCUCCCACCUUCUGGUCAAGCACAGCCAGUCUCGGCGCCCCUCAUCCUGGCGGCAGGAGAAGAUCACCCGGAGCAAGGAGGAGGCUUUGGAGCUGAUCAACGGCUAUAUUCAGAAGAUCAAGUCAGGAGAGGAGGACUUUGAAUCUCUGGCCUCCCAGUUCAGCGACUGCAGCUCAGCCAAGGCCAGAGGAGACCUGGGGGCCUUCAGCAGAGGUCAGAUGCAGAAACCCUUCGAGGAUGUGUCGUUCGCCCUGCGGACAGGAGAGAUGAGCGGGCCGGUGUUCACAGAUUCGGGGAUCCACAUCAUCCUGCGCACCGAGUGAGGCCGCUUGUGCCCCGCUCCUGCCCGCCAGUAUUUAUUAUUCACCUCGGGGUGUGUGUGUUCCGGGGCCCCUCCUCUGUGUUCUGCCUGUCCUAGGGGCGGGGCCCCCCAGCACCCCUUCCUCAUUUUAGGGACUGAUUUCAGCAGGGGUGUGGGGCUCCAGGCCCUCAGGACAUGUUCCAGGCCCAAAGUAAGGGCUGGCCCCCCCAGGGGUCCCCCAGGUUCAGGUGGGGGGCAGGAGGGCCCCUGGGGGCUUCCGGUGACACCUUGCUCUUCUCCCCAGUUGCAAAAAAAAUGCAAAUGCUCAGUGUGGGGCUCAGCUGCCCUAUGGUGCCCUGUGCACCCCUCCAUUAAACCUGGAGCCAGUUUCUGUUCUAUG